AUGGAUAAUGGACACUGUAAGUGUGCACACACUCAGGAAAAUGAAUCAGCAGCUCCCGAGGGAGAUGGACCUAUGACACCUGUUGAUCCAUGUGCAGAGGAAGAAUUACCAGCUCCUGGAUUGUAUGGACAUGCAACACCUGUUGAUCCAUGUGCAGAUGAAGAGUUACCAGCUCCUGGAUUGGAUGGACCUGUGACACUUGUUGAUCCACGUGCAGACAAAGAAUUACUGGCUCCUGGGUUAGAUUGAAUGGCAGCAUUUGCUGACAUUCAGUAUGAGCAGAGGACACAUCCUAUCAUUGACAUUGAAACUGUUGCACAAUCUGCUG